GUCACACACACACACCAUUUAUUAAUGUUAUGACCCCCAUCAAAAUAGAAAGCAAAAUAGCUACGAUAACUCUCUCUCUCUCUCUCGAAUUUCCCUUCCAUCCAUUCUUGAAAACUUGAAAAAUCGAAAUCAGAAACAUUCUCCACCAAAAAAAAAAAAAAAAAACAAACAAACGAAAAGAAUUUCCGACUCUAUAUAUUGUCCCCCAAACACCCAAUUAUACACACACUUAACCUCUCUCUCUUUCCCAUUUCCUUUCAAGCUUCGAAAACAAAGCCAGAAAAAUCACCAUGGAUAAUGAUCUUCAACCGCAAACACAGAAGAAGAAAACGCCACACGUGGCGAUUUUUCCUUCUCCGGGGAUGGGCCACCUGAUUCCGCUCGUGGAGUUGGCCAAGAAGCUCGUCGGGAACCACCACCUCACCGUCACGUUCGUGGUCCCCAGCGACGGCCCACCGUCCAAGGAGAUGAAAUUCGUUCUCAAAGGUCUGCCGGAGUCCAUCGACCACGUUUUUCUCCCGCCGGUCAACUUCGACGACCUUCCAGAAGGUUCCAAGAUCGAGACGCUCAUCACCCUCACUGUCGCCCGCUCCCUCCCCUACCUCCGCCACGUGCUCACGUCCCUCGCCUCGCGCGUCAGCCUCGUCGGCCUCGUCGUCGACCUCUUCGGUACGGACGCCUUGGAUGUCUCGAGGGAGCUCCACUUGUCCUCAUACAUUUUCUUCCCCUCAACGGCCAUGGCCUUGUCUCUGUUCCUUUAUUUGCCCAAGCUCGACGAAACGACGUCGUGCGAGUACUGGGAAUUAACGGAUCCGGUCGAGAUUCCGGGUUGUGUUCCUAUUCCGGGUAAGGAAUUGCUUGACCCGCUUCAGGACAGGAAGAACGACGCCUACAAGUGGACCCUACACAACACGAAACGCUACCGUUUGGCCGACGGAAUUUUGGUCAACUCGUUCAAAGAGUUGGAGCCAGGGGCAAUUUCGUCCUUGCUGAAGAGGGAGGACGGUAAGCCACGUGUCUACCCAGUUGGACCACUAGUUAAUAUAGAGCCAAGCACCAAGGUUGACGAGUCGAAUUCUCUGACGUGGCUGGAUAGCCAGCCACAUGGCAGCGUCUUAUUUGUUUCGUUUGGGAGCGGUGGUACCCUCUCUUCCCACCAGCUCCAUGAGCUGGCCUUUGGAUUGGAGAAGAGCGAGCAAAGAUUCCUGUGGGUGGUACGGAGGCCAAACGACAAGGUUGCGAACGCAACUUACUUUAACGUGAACGGUCAAAACGACACCUCGUUUGACUUCUUGCCUGACGGGUUUCUGGACCGGACCAAGUAUCGGGGCCUGGUGGUGCACUCGUGGGCCCCACAGGCCCAGAUCCUCAGCCACGGCUCGACCGGCGGGUUCUUAACCCAUUGCGGUUGGAACUCCACUCUCGAAAGCGUGGUCAACGGCGUGCCUCUCAUCGCUUGGCCUCUCUACGCUGAACAGAAAAUGAAUGCUUUUAUGUUGACCCAAGACAUGAAAGUGGCUAUAAGACCAAAAGCGAACGAAAACGGCGUCGUUGAGAAAGAAGAAAUUGGGAGAGUCGUUAAGGCUCUGAUUGAAGGAGAAGAAGGGAAAAAACUGAGGAACCGAAUGAAGGACUUGAAAGAAGCGGCUUCAAAGGCUCUCAGUGAAGAUGGGGACUCUACUAAAGCACUCACUGAGGUGGCUGAUAAGUGGAAGAACCAGAUAUGCAAUUAGAUCAAUCACAUGUGUAAUAAUAUUGCUUAGUGCUGCCUUUUUUUUUUUUUUUUUUUCCUUAACUUUCCUUUCUACAUUGUCUGCCUGCGUUACAGGUAAUUUAGUACAUCGUGUUUGACUAUUAGACAUG